UAUAUAUGGAAAUCUCGAUUAUCGCCGUCCCUCCACCUCAACACCCACAACUGACUUUCGAUGCAACCAGAUUCUGCGUCCACUCAGGACGACGUUUCUUCUUAUAAUGCUCCUAGACCUGUUCCAGUUCCUGUAUCGUCCCAGAGACCAGCACCACGUCCACCACCCUCUUCGGGUGGUGCACCCCGUAACACUUUAAGUGGUCUACUCGCAAACAGAGGAGGAAAUGCUCCAAUACCUCCUUCAUUGCAGGCAAAAAUGACAGCAAUGAUGAAUCGCGGAUCAGCUGCGUUACCCGGCUCGGCCAUCGAUUCCGCAGCACACGCGCAACGUGCUUCCAUAAACGAAACGAAUCACCCAAUUGUUCAUUCUUCCUUCUCAUUUUCCGCUUCACCAGGCUCAUCAUCAUUGGUUGCUACACGCGCUCGCGGACGCGGUGGCGGUGUUACUGCUGCGGGUAGACGCACUAAGCCAGAAUUUAAAUUAUCCGACAUGAACCCUGAAACGGGAGGCGGUGCUAUUGGUGCAGGGCUUGGAGCAGGGCGUCCAUCGCUAGCUGAAGCCAGGAGAGGGCCCUCAUCAUUUGAUACUCCGUUUGCAAAUUUCAACAAGAUCGUUGAUCCUUCUGGACGCCUCAACUUCGCCGGGAAAGCCGUUCUGCAUGCUUCGGGCGUCGAUUUUUCCAAUGGAUCAUCUUAUGCUAUAAAUAUGGAACAGCUUGUUCUUGAGCAGGAACUCGGCCGUGGUAACUAUGGUACAGUCAAGAAGGUUCUGCAUCGACCGACAAAGGUCGAAAUGGCUAUGAAGGAAAUUCGUCUCGAGCUAGACUCCACUAAACUCAAUGGAAUAUUGAUGGAGUUGGACAUCUUGCACCGCGCCGUAAGCUCAUACAUCGUGGAAUUCUAUGGUGCUUUCUUCGUGGAAUCGUGCGUGUACUACUGCAUGGAGUACAUGGACGGUGGUUCGCUGGCUUCUUUGUGUUGCUUUCCGAAUGGUAAUGUUUCUCUGCCGCCAAGUUUAUCUACCAGUCCGGGCUCUGCAUGGACGUCUAGUCCUCCACCGCUUGCUGAUGAGCACCUCUGCCGCAUCGCUUCAUCCAUGACACAUGGUCUUGAAUUCCUCAAAACUGAACUUGGGGUCAUGCACCGGGACGUCAAACCUACGAACGUCCUUGUGAAUUGCAAGGGCGAAGUGAAGCUUUGCGAUUUCGGUGUUAGCGGACAGCUGGAGAAGAGCAUUGCGAAGACGAAUGUCGGUUGUCAAAGUUACAUGGCCCCUGAGAGAAUUAAGGGUUCUUCAUCAUCUGGAUCUAAUAUGGAAGAUGCCUUCACUUCAUACACGGUCAGUGCAGAUGUAUGGUCCCUGGGCUUGUCGAUUGUUGAAAUUGCACGAGGAAGAUACCCAUACCCUCCGGAAACUUACGAGAAUGUAUUUGCACAACUAAGUGCCAUAGUGGAUGGCGAAGCACCUGGACUGCCAGAAGACGAGGAAAUCGCAGACGAAGAAGUUGGGGUUCAUGCUCAGGAUAAUGGUGCAUCUCCAGGACAGUUUAACUUCAUACGCAAGGGGAAGCGAAGAUGGUCUCCAGAAGCGCAUGACUGGGUUCGACAGUGCCUCAUCAAGAAUGCAGAUGGGCGAGCCACUUACAAGGAGUUACUUGAACAUCCAUGGAUGCGGACCGACAGACAUCGAAAUGUUGACAUGGUGAGUUGGGUAGCAAAGGCGAUCGAAUGGCGGGAUCGGGGAGGGAGAUAAGCAAGUAUCGUGCAUUCGCGGUGGCCGUUGUUCCAUGCAUCCUAUCUGCAUUUUUCGUUUUUUGCAUUGGCUUUUCUCCACAUAGAUACUCGAUGCAUGCCGCCAUCGUUUUACCCAACAUUCUUUUUGCUCACAUGUAUUAUCACUCACACUCGCGCAUUGGCGCUGGUCGUUGAUAUACCCUAAUCCCCUUUGCUAUGUUGACGUUGUCCAUUAUUUCCUCGUUCUCUUGGGAUUGCAGUAGACCAUAGUGGGCCAUUAUAUUGUUUUGUUUCGCGGGCAUGUAGCUUUAGUUUUGACUUGCAAUUAAUGGGACCGGUUGUUUGGUCGUGUUAACAUCUGAAGGUGUCACGU